CUCGACAUCUUUACAGCGGAUUAGAAGGCGAUUUCGUGUCUGAACCGGCUCUUGAAUCAACUUGCUGGAACCGGUGUAGCUGGCUAAGCUGCUUCAGACACUUCAACCCAUUGCCGCUGUCAACCCAGAAAUGGCCGGAUCCAGAAAGCGCAAGCACGCCGAUUGCUCGGACGACGAAAGUCCGGUGAAAACCAACCCAGACACAGGGAACGGCUUCGGAGUCGCACAAACCCUUGCGUCCCUUCAGAGGUCGACAUCGGAAUCAAACGACAACAACGAGAACUCUGCGACGUCCGACGCCGGGGCCGAUAAGGCGCCGAAUGGAGCUCAGCGACCGAGCAAGAAGAAGCGUGUGGAUGGUGUCAAGACCAAGUACCCCGUCCUCACCUACGUCGAAGGGCGAUUACAGUCAUCCAUUCGGAUCGCAGACCUACAGGGUCUGCUCCUAUACUGUUUUGCCGAUGGCAUUGCACCACAGUGGAUCUCCAUCAAGCACUCCGGCUAUGUACGAAAGAUUGUGGUAGUGAUGGUACCCGGCCUGGAACUUGGGAUGCUGGAUGGAUCUAUACCGCUGGCACCGGAGGAGACCAGCGAACAAAUGGACGUGGACAAGGAUACAGAAACUACGGAGAAACAGGAGGAGGAUCCCAAGACGGCGGACUUUGCCCGAUGGAAGCAAGGCCUGCCUCUGGAGGAUCGGUCCCACCGGUUCAACCCGCGGCCGUUGACGCGGGAGAGUCUCCCAGAGCCUCUGCAGUCGUUGGCCGAUAUGUUUCCUCACGCUUGGCCGGUGAAGGCGCCUGGAGACACGAAGUACAACAAAGUGCACUCGCCGCUCCAGGCGAUGCUCCUCACGCCACUUCCGAAGAAUAAGGAGAGCAACAACACGAAAGGUCCGAAACCGGUCAGGGUCGACAAGAACCAGGCUUCCCAGAGAACGCCAAUCACUACGUUUAUCAGUUCCGUCGCGGAUCUGCGCGAAAACGACUACGUCCUACAUCCGGCUCUCAUGGCCAGCGAGCAAGAGAGGUUGACUUUAGCGGAGAACCGCAAGCGAGCCGGUCAAUCUGCAGAGGAUGGAUGGGCUGAUACCCACGUUGAAUGUCUAGAGGCUGGCCAGGUACCGGAGGCUGAGAUCCAGCAGGGAAGCAUGACCGCUGGACGGGACGUAUUGGCGCUGGAUUGCGAAAUGUGUAUCACGGAGGGAGGCCAGUCCGAACUCACGCGGGUUAGCUUGGUCCGCUGGGACGGGGAGGUUGUCCUCGACGAGCUCGUGAAGCCACAAAAGCCCAUCAUCGACUACCUCACUCGAUUCUCCGGCAUCACAAAGGAGAAGCUCGACCCCGUCACCACCACCCUCGCCGACAUUCAGCAGAAGCUUCUCACCAUCCUCACGCCCCGAGCCAUCCUCGUCGGCCACUCCCUCAACUCCGAUAUGAACGCCCUCAAGAUGACCCAUCCCUUCAUCGUCGACACCACCUUCAUUUACCCCCACCCACGCGGCCCGCCCCUCAAAUGCAGCCUGAAGUGGCUCACUCAAAAAUACAUGGGCAAGGAGAUCCAAAAGGGCCAAACCGGCCACGACUCCAUCGAAGACGCCCGCGCCGUGCUCGAGCUCGUCAAGCAGAAGUGCGAGAAGGGCGAGCGCUGGGGCACGGGCGACAAUUCCAACGAAAGCAUCUUCAAACGCCUUGGCCGCACCACCCGGCCUGGCAAGCACACUCCCUCAACCAACAACAACACAACCAAUAAUACCCCUGAAGGCCGCACCGGCGCCGUUGUCGACUGGGGCAACCCCGAGCGCGGCUUCGGCGCCCAGGCGACCGUCGCAAUCGGCUGCGUCGACGACAACGACGUCGUCAACGGCAUCGCCUCCGCCGUCAACGGCGACAACACCCACCUUUCCAUCCCCGGCGGCGGCGUGGACUUCACCUGGGCGCGUCUGCGCGAGCUCGAACUCCACCGUGGCUUCUGCAAUCGUCUCCCCGACCCCAACAACGCCAACGAAUCGACGGCCGUGGUCCCUGCCGCCGAGGAAACCACAGCAACAACAACAACGUCCAGUAAUGCCGCUCCCACCGCAGCAGCCAUAAGUACGACAUUACCCUCUGAGGAGAAAACAGAAGAAGAGCGCCCAGCAACGACGCCACAAUUAUCGGAUGUGGUCAGCCGGACGGUCGCGAACAUCCAGCGCAUCUACGACGCCCUCCCGCCCUGUACCUUGUUCAUGGUCUACUCGGGCACCGGGGACCCGCGCGAGGUCGCCCGUCUGCAGGCGAUGCACAAGCUGUUCCGCGAGGAGUAUAACUCCAAGAAGCCGUGGGAUGAGCUGAGCGUCAAGUGGACGGAUACGGAGGAGCAGGCACUCAAGAAGGCCUGUGAGCGGGCCCGCGAGGGCUGUGGGUUUAUGUGUGUAAAAUAGAUGUGUACUGUGUGUGUUUCCCGCUCAUCUAGAGCGGUUGGUGUCUUGGAAUGGUGAAAAUUGGGGGUUGGAUCUCGAAUCAUGUAUCUACUUUGGGGGAAGGGAGCUUCAGGUACUCUACCAAGCCAUUGAUCUAUUUGUGGAUUUAUGUGGCUUUGCUUGUGGGACUUACUCGAUCCGGGUCUCAUGUAUGGAUCAUAGAUACCAUCUGAUUGUUAUUUUGAUCAAGGGAG